AUGGGUAACACCAAAUCUAAUUCUAAGAAUUGUUAAGGAUAAGAAAAUUUUAAAGAAGAAAAGAUUGAUGCCAGUAGCCAAGUUUAGAAUAUAAAUUCAAAUAAUGAAAAAAAUAACGUUCAAAAUGAUAUUAAAGUUAAUGUUGAUUCAUCAGAUUUGUAAUGCAUUUCUUACUUACAUGAUAAAAUCAGCAAUUUGACUAACUAAAUUACUUCUUUAAGCUUCAAAAAUACAUUACAAACAAAAGAUUUAUUCCCAAUUGAUAACAUUUUAUCCAUUUUUUAACAAUUUACUAAGCUAUUUAGAUUUGCGAUUAAACAAUGA